AUGCCCAUCACCAAGUACAAGGCCGCCGCGGUCACCUCCGAGCCCGCUUGGUUCGACCUUGAGGGUGGUGUCCAGAAGACCAUCAACUUCAUCAACGAGGCUGGCCAGGCCGGCUGCAAGCUGGUGGCCUUCCCCGAAGUCUGGAUCCCCGGCUACCCCUACUGGAUGUGGAAAGUCACCUACCAGCAAUCCCUCCCGAUGCUCAAAAAGUACCGCGAGAACUCCCUCCGCGUCGACUCGGAAGAAAUGCGGCGCAUCCGCCGCGCCGCCCGCGACAACCAGAUCCACGUCUCGAUGGGCUUCUCGGAGAUCGACCACGCGACGCUCUACCUGGCGCAAGUCCUCAUCGCGCCGGACGGCAGCAUCCUCAACCACCGGCGCAAGAUCAAGCCCACCCACGUCGAGAAGCUCGUCUACGGCGACGGCGCGGGCGACACGUUCGAAUCCGUCGUCGACACCGAGCUGGGCCGCCUCGGCCAGCUCAACUGCUGGGAGAACAUGAACCCGUUCCUGAAGUCGCUCAACGUGGCCGCCGGCGAGCAGAUCCACGUCGCGGGCUGGCCCGUCUACCCGGGCAAGGAGACGCUGCGCUACCCGGACCCGGCGACGAACGUGGCCGACCCGGCGUCGGACCUGGUCACGCCCGCAUACGCCAUCGAGACGGGGACGUGGACGCUCGCGCCGUUCCAGCGCCUCAGCAAGGAAGGGCUGAAGAUCAACACGCCUGAGGGCGUCGAGCCCGAGACGGACCCCAGCACGUAUAAUGGACACGCGCGCAUCUACAAGCCCGACGGCACGUGUGUCGCGCGCCCGGACAAGGACUUUGACGGGUUGCUGUUCGUCGAUGUCGAUCUGAACGAGAGCCACCUCACCAAGGCCCUUGCGGAUUUCGGCGGCCACUACAUGCGCCCGGACCUCAUUCGCCUGCUGGUCGAUACCCGCCGCAAGGAGCUCAUCACCCGCGCUGAUCCGGAUGGCGGUGUUGCGACGUACUCGACGCGCGAGAGGCUCGGCCUGCACUUGCCGCUCGACCCGCCCAAGGAUGAGAAGAAGGGUCAGGUGGGCGUUGCGGGGCUGAAGAGGGAGGAGAAGGAUGCGAGGAAGGCGGAGUUGUGA